UGCUGACUUAGUAGGAAGUGGAUGAAAGACUCAAAAAAUCAGGCAGAUUUGGGUGUUCACUUCUAAGUUUGGCUCCUUGAAGGGCAGUGGUCACUUGUCAUCGACGAGGAGAGGGGACCAUGUGGCUGCCCCCAGCUCUGCUCCUUCUCGUCCUCCCAGGCAGCUCCAAUGCCUAUCCAGUCACCGGUCCAGCCAGAGUGAGCGGCUUGGAGCGGGGCUCGCUGAGUGUGCAAUGUCACUGUGACCACGGGUGGGAGAACCACAGCAAGUGGUGGUGCCGAGGAGCUGAUUGGGCCAGCUGCAUCAUCCUCAUCCAAACCACUGGAUCUGAGCAGGAGGUGAAGAAGGACCGUGUGUCCAUCAGGGAUGAUCAGGAAAACCGCACGUUCACGGUGACCAUGGAGGCGCUCAGAAGAGGUGACGCUGACACUUACUGGUGUGGGAUUGAGAGAGCUGGAACUAGCUAUGGGGUCCACGUUGAAGUUACUAUUUACCCAGCUACAACAAAUUUACCCACAGUCAGGACCAUCACACCAAGUCUGAUGUUCACACUUGAAACUACCGAGAAGACCGUCAACCACCCACCAGGGACAAACACCAGCACCUUUACCAGGUCCCUGCUCAGCAGCAUGCACUUCCUGCUUCCAGUCUUCCUGAAGCUGCUCCUGCUCCUGGGCUUGCUCAGUGCUGUGCUCUGGGUGAACUGGCCUCUGAGGGCUCCUCGUGGGGAGACAGAGGCAGCCUGGUCAUGAGGCUCCCCAUGCCCACUGAGACCUGCAGGGCACACACACGUGCCUGUAUGGAGUUUUAAGCAGCCAGGUCCAGGACUUGAGCCUUGGUCAACGGCGUGGGAGUCCAGUGCCUUAACCCCUGUGCCAUCUGCUGGUCCCUCAGGAUCUUUUAUAACAAAGCCUGGUUAAAUAACCAUGGAAAUGACCUGUCACAAAGGAGGAACUUUCUGCUCACAGAUCCUUUGAAACAGGAGGCACACCAUGCCAUGCAGGGCCAUGUGGAAAGGCCAGGGUCAGCCAGAAGGCAGAAGACGGGAGGAGCUAUGGGUGGAGGCUUUCUUGUGGUUUUCACUGGAAGCAAAGGGUAAGGUUUAAAAAGUGUUUAGGAUUACAUGGUUUGAAUAAUUUUGAUGGGCCCUAGGCUAUGGGAUGGUCCCAGGUUGUCUGUGCCUGGCCCUGGGUGAUUAGGGCAUGCGCAGACCUCCCCAAACACACUAGGUGAGCACAUGCCCUUGAUCUGGGGCUGCCUGAGGCUGGGGUGUGUUGCCGUGUGAAGACCCUGUUGGGGGUGCCUGUCUCUCUGUCUCUGUGUCUC